AUGCGGUCUAGCAUCGCUUGCGCUCGAUGCCGGCGCAGUAAAAUUAAGUGCGUCAAUGCCGGCAUCGACACCACAUGCCGCGCCUGCGAAUCAUCCGGACGCGAAUGCGUGUAUCCAACCCCAGCAAUCGGAGUAAGCGGCGCCAAACGAGAUCUGGCAGCCCUGGCAGAUGGCGAGGAUCGCAAUGGCGAUUGGGACGGCCCGAAACGACAUCGUUCGCGCAGGCCAGUGGGCAUCCCCGGCUCUGCGACUGGUUCCAAGCUCGGUGUGGAUGCACUUGAUUCCUCAAUACUUACGACAAAGGUCUGGGAGGCUGUCUUCGAUCUCUUCCAAUCGCAUUUCGCGACUCUUCUACCCUUCUUACAUCCCGCUACCUUCCUCGGCCAAAUUCGACAGCUUUCAUCUCCCGCUGCACCACCUGCGACUCUCGACGGACAAGAUCCCCGAAAUCCCGCGCAUAAGACUGACCCAUCUUCUGCGUUGAUUCCGCUCGGUGUAUUGGCCUUGACCGCUCGGUUCCACCCUCCGUUGGCUGCGGCCCACGCCCCAGCUUCGCCCACUCAUUCCUCAAAUCCCCUUGCUGCAUCGGAAUAUUAUGCGGCGGCCCUUCGCAGCCGGCUGGCCGGCUUAGAUGGUGUUUGUCUCGUGCAGCCUGAUCUUGCGCGCGUACAGGCUCUAUUGAUGCUCGCAUUGCACGAGUGGGGGAUGUGUCGAGGCAAGAGUGCCUGGGUCUAUGUGGGCAUGGCCAUCCGGCUUGCACAGGCCAUGGGUCUACCAUUUGAACUUGAAAAUGAAUUCCCGGCAAGGGAUCCCUCGCGUUCGUCUCCCGGCUUGAAAACCGAGGCUGAUCAUUUUGGUGUGCCUCGUCGUGUAGAGCCUAGAGAGCCAACCUCUGAUGAUAUUAUUGCUCAAGAGACCAAACGCCGGACUUUCUGGGCUUGUUUCAUUCUCGAUCGCUGUCUUAGCAGCGGGAAGUACCGACCACGAAUGAUCCGUGUCAAGGAACUCGGGAUCCAGCUCCCAAGCGACAAUGCUUUUGCUUUUGGCGAGCGAGUAAGGACGGCCCGACUCAAUGAGCCGACCGUUCGGCGACCCCAGAGCUUCGGUUCCCAAAGCAUGCAAAUACCGAGCAUUCGUCAGAGUAUAGGUGGAUUUGGCGAUGAAAAGCACGCCGCAUCCAAUGGCACCCCGGAUGGCAAGUCCUGGUCGCCUGUCUCGCGUCGCAAGGACUCGAGCGAAGAGGACAUUGAUCGGUGGGAGGUUGGUGCAGAGGAGUCGGUACUGAGCCGAGUGAUUCGCAUCACCCGUAUUUGGGGAAGCAUCGCCAAGUGGUCUUGUGCUGGCGGUCGUCGCACGGAGCAAUACCCUCCCUGGCAUCCUGAAUCUCGCUUCGCAUCGCUUCGUCUGCAGUUGAACGAGUUCCAGGAUAGUCUCUCUCGCAAUCUGCAAUAUUCAUUGCGAAAUACCGACACGCACAUCAUGUACAAGACCACGUUGGCCUCAUAUACCGUGAUGCAUGUUGUCUACUUCCUAUCUGUCAUUGUCCUUCACCGGGCCUAUAUUCCAUUCCUGCCUCUCCGGUGCAAUGAGCCACUUGGCCCAUUGGACGAGCCACUGUUCCCUGGCGACAAGUCCAACACACCACCCGAAGGUUUCUGGCGGGAUAGUGCUCGUGAGCUUUUCAAGGCCGCGCGGCAAAUGAUUGAUCUCGUGGCCACCUGCCAAGCUCGCGGUGCUCUCGUGGAAAACCCUUUGGUCGGAUUUGCUAUCUACAAUGCCGCGUUCAUCGGUGUUUACGGGACGCAUUUCCCACACAUGGAUCCCGAUGGAUUGAUGGGAACCAAGCCGCCACCUGCCAGUCAUGAUAGCCACCAGCUUGGUGCUACACAAGCCCGUAAAGCCUUGGAUAUCAUGCGAGAGAUGCGACCCCGUCUGCGGAUGGCUAUGGGUUGGUUCCGUACCCUGAACCGGCUUCACAGUUAUUUCUCGAAAGUCAAGCGUGAGUUCCGCCGUUUCUCGCGGAAUCGCCUGGACAGCAUGUCGGAUGCCUCUGAUCACAUCCCCAAUGGGACUCGCCCUCUUCGCGAAGGCGGCUCUGGUGGCGGCCUAGAGGAAUUCAAGUUGCUUGAAAAGCUCUUCCUUGAUUUCGGAAGCAUUGAGGACCAACUGACAGAGUCCGGGAUGGACGAGGAUGGUAUUGCAGUGCCCGCAGGUGGCGAGUCUCUCUAUGAGCGCACCAAUCUUAGUGAUGCUGGAAGUAAUGCCGUCAGGAGUGAAACCGGUGAUCCCAGUGACCAGAUGCCCGAUGGUGCUGGUGGUCGUCGCGAGUCGUGGGUGCCGGUCAACAGCCCAGGUCUGCCCUUACCCGGACACGAUGGUGAUCGCCGCCCUAGCCUCCCACUUCCCAACAGCCGGCCAAUGCCAUCGGCAUCUCCCUAUUCCCUCCCAUCUCUCCAGCAACACCACCCCGAUGGCCCCAUCUACCCCAGUUCCUCCCCGGGCCUGCCUUCCAGCCUACCGUCUCUAUCAACAACUACACAGUCCCCAUCUCAGUAUUUGACGGCGACAAGCAACCGCCUAAAUCCCAUCAACUCCUGGCUUCCAACCCGUCCACAGGCUCCUCCUCCGCCAUAUUCCCAAUCUCUUCCUCCCAUCAACUCAACCACCCCACACACCAUUCCUGUCCUGCCUCCACCAGGAUCCGUCACUCAACUGGCCCCUUCCCCUCCUCUGACUUCAACUGAAGUCCCUGACUCAAACUUGCUAUCAACAAGCCUUGGGGGAGACGAUGUUCUCGCCUUCCUGGAUGGAUGCGAGUGGGGCCAGCUAUCCAUGCUCGCGCCUUCGGAGAUCGGUAUCCCCGCUGGCUGGCUGAGCACCGUAUGGUCUCAGUUCGGCCGCUAG